CCAGUUACUACACUCUCUAAUAGCCACUACAUACAUUAACAGUCUUUGUCGCUUGUGUCUUUUUCUCUACUUAUUCGCUGCAUGCUGUGCCACCUCUGCUGUCUUCAUGUGGCAACUUGUUGCGACAGCUGUGGGGCAACAUGGGGUCACUAAAUUUCGCAGCUGCAGUGCUCUAUCGAAGCUACUAGCAGUUUUUUUUUUCGGCUAGGCGAAUCUGAUGUCAUGCGUCAGAGCUUUUGAACUCUGAAAGCUUAUGAAAAUUUCGCAGCUGCUGUAUGAAAUGUACGAAAGACCACGGGAAAAAAGAGAAGAAAAAAACAAGUAGAAGUAAAAGAGCUUUCCAAAGACAUAGCAAAUAUAAAAGAUGAAUUAUAGCUGCCGCCAGACAGCUGUAUGCACUAUAUGCUGGCAACCCUGCUGAGCUCGAUUGCCGCAGCUUCCGCCCCGAACCAAGGUACGUCAGCCACGCCAAUUUCCCACUGAUCCCCACCAAAAGUCACUGAACGCCCCCCCAACGAAGCCCUGUACGCUGCAGCCGUACAGCUGAGCUACAGCUUCUAGCCUCCUCCUCCCCCUCCCACACAGCACACAAGCCCUCUCUUUCUUCCUCCACUCCACAGCUUUCUUUCCCCUUCUCUUCCCUCGUCUCCAUCACUGCUCCAAUCUUAAGGACGGGAAAAAAUUAAUCGUCGUAAUUCCAAUCAUGGGCGCCUACACUUUCAAGUGGUAAGUCCCUCCCUCCGCUUUGGCCGUCGUGCCCUCCUCCCACCAACCUUAGUCUACCCACCCCCCCAAUCUCCCUCCAAUCCUGCCCUUCCGUUGCCCUCGCUCGUAUUUCUCCUCUUCCACAAGCCCAAACAAAACAAUUCGAGACAAUCGGCACGCGCUCAUCCCCUCCUUUACCUUCCAUUACACAACAUCGCCUACCGAUCCUUUUCCUUCUAUUAUACCCAUCUACUAGCUUCUGCACGUCCCGCUGCAGAGCUUCUUUUGCUGACGCCCCAAUUCGCAUCGCAGGGAGCAUCCCGCCGAAGAAGUCUACGUUACUGGCACUUUUGACAACUGGACCAAAAGCGUCAAGCUCGACAAGGAAGGUCCUGUUUUCCAAAAGACCGUUGAGCUCGGAACCAACUCCGACAAGAUCUACUACAAGUUCGUUGUAGACAACAACUGGACUACCAACGAGUCGUCGCCCAAGGAAGCUGAUCACGAAGGAAACAUCAACAACUUCCUCACGACCAGCGAUCUCACAGCCACUCUCCCUGCUAUUAGCGGUAUUGCCCCAGGUGCUACAACCCUCGACAUGGCCGGAAAGAACAAGAAGAACGGCAGCGCCAACAAGACUGUCAGCGUCAACCCGCUGCCUGCCACUGACGGUGCUAUUAACCCCAUCAAGCUUACUCCUGGCGACAAGAUUCCUGAGACUGUUACUGCCCAGGAUGUCAACAGCAAUGUUAAGCUAGACAAGGAGUCGUACGAGAAGAGUGACGCUCUCCCCGGCGGCAUCCCCGUCCCCGCUGAGCCUCAGGACGCCUCCAAGGGCACGCCUGAUGCUACAUCUGGAGAUGAGAAAAAGAAGAAGAAGAACAAGAAGAAGAACAAGAAGAAGAAGAACGCUGCCAACAAGGAUGCUGCCGCUAACGGCAACGACGACAAGGAUGACGAUGACGAGGCCGAGGAAGAGGCCCCUGUCGCCGCUGCUAUUGAGGCACCAAAGACCGAGGAGCCAAAGGUUGAAGCACCCAAGACUGAAGAGCCCAAGGUCGAAGCUCCCAAGGUUGAAGCCCCCAAGGUCGAAGAGCCCAAGGUCGAAGAGCCCAAGGUCGAAGCCCCUAAGGUCGAGGAAGCUAAGCCUGAGGAGUCCAAGUCUACUGACAACAAGGGUACAAUUGCUGCCACUGCUGCCGGCAUCACUGCUGCUGGAGGCGCCGCCGUUGCUGCUGCCGUUGCUGCUUCAAAUGACAAGGCUGCUCCCAUUGUCGACUCCACUAAGGAGGCUGCUACCAAGGCUGUCAAUGAGCAUAUUCCCGAGUCAGUAAAGGAUAAGCUCCCCCAGGCCGCCAAGGACGUUCUUAACGACAAGGCUGCUAAUCCUGCUCCCGCCGUCCCCGAGGAAGUCAAGGAGUCUAUCCAGGAAGCUGGUGUUGCCCCCGAGGCCGCCGCCAACGCCGAGGCUGUCGCUGAGAAGGCCGCCGUCGAGUCGGAACUUCUCAAGGAAGUUAAGGCUGCUCCCGCUGCUACGGAGGCUGCUGCUGCGCCUGUUACUACUGUCAAGGUCGAGAAGCCGCAGAUUGAGGAGCACACCAUUGUGCCCCCCGUCGCUGCCGCCCCUGCUGUUACUGAGCCCGCUGUUGCUGCUGAGCCUGCCGCCGCUGAACCUACUGCUGUUGAGACUGCCGCUGUUGAGCCUACUACUGCUACACCUGCUGCUGACAAGCCUGCUGUUGCUGAGGCCGCUGCUGCCCCUGCUGAGACUAUCACCACUACACCCGUUGCCGACAAGCCUGCCGCCGCUGCUGUCCCUCAAUUGAGCGAGAAGAACAAGAAGGGCUUCGGCGCCAUGUUUAGCAAGAUCAAGGCCAAGUUUGGCAGCAAGAAAUAAAGCGCGUAACGCGACACAGACGGGUAGUUUUGGAGCACUAUUUGUUUUGAGUUACUUUGACCUUUUACUUAAUAUUUCUGUCAAUAUGGAUCCUCCGAGACGGAACAAGAGAUUCCCCCAAAUGUACAGCAGCUCCCAGAUAUUUUUUGUCAUAUACCUUACCUAGUAAUCGUACAGGAAGUUUUAUGCGCGCAGUCACUCGUAAUCUACCCAUGCCCGCUCCCACUGUGAAAUGUUGUAUCGCGGAUGUUUACGGAUGAGCCAAGGAUCAUGAUUGGUUCAUCUGAGCACGUUGAGAUGGUCCAAAACGCGGGGUCGCGUCCAGAAGCAGCACCUAAGCAAGCCCGGUGACGCUACAGCUCUGAAUUACAUUCCCAGUUGGCGCGUCGACAUCGCCUGACAGCCACACACCCGGCACGUGCCGAGCUGCUGACUAACCAAUCAGUG